ACCAUGAGAUGUCAUCUGAUAAACUUGAAUAAAUCAACUUUGACAAGAUCAAUGAAGGAUGUUAUUUGGUGAUUCUGACGAAUAUUCUAGUAAUAGUGGCUGUGAUCUUAUGGUUGUAUGAUAGAUUUUCGGAUGAGCGACUCGAACCUACAACCUUAGAGUGGAGGAGGUGGAGCUUUAUCAUCCGAACAAUUUCUCUUUUAUCUUCAAAUCAACCUUCAGCAGACCUCUUACUAAUAACGAAGAUCUCUUAGGUAUAAAAAUGAAUAUAAGUGAACCCACAAACAAUUUCAAUCUGUGAUGUGUUUGAUAGUGAAAUCAGAAUAUCACUUGAAAUGUCGAUGAAUUCUUAGAUUAUCAUCACAUGGUAAUCUUAAGCUCUCUCAGGGGACUCUCCAACUUGACAUAUACUUUCAAUUUGGCCUUCCACGGAAAAGGUGUCUUCUUAAUAGCUUCACUAUGUCCAAACCAAGUUUUCCAGCUUGCUGAUCUUCAUUUGUCUCCAGAAAUCCAUUUACCCUUGCAAAGUCUCAUAGAAAGGUGCAAAUCCAUGGAACAACUUAGACAGAUUCACGCAGUGAUAAUCCAAAAAGGCCUUACUUCUGAUCCCAAACUCUGCUCCAAAAUUAUAGCCUUUUGUUCUAAUAAUGAAUUAGGUGAUAUGAAAUAUGCUCGUUCUGUGUUUGACAUAAUGCCUGAACCAGGAGUCUUCGUUUGGAAUACAAUGAUCAAGGGCUAUUCAAGGGAAUAUAGUCCCCAAAAUGCAGUUUCAAUUUACAGAGAGAUGUUAAAUAACAAUAGACAACCGGAUAAUUAUACGUUUCCCUUCUUGCUCAAGGGCUUUACUCGUGAAGUAUCGCUAAAAUUGGGGAAAAGUAUGCAUGCUCAUAUUUGUGAGUUCGGGUUUGAGUUAAAUGAGUUUGUUCAGCAUGCUUUGAUUCAUGUGUACUGUUUGUGUGGGCAAGUUGAUAUGGCUCGUGGGGUAUUUGAUUUGAGUGCUAAAAGUGAUAUACUUAUUUGGAAUGCUAUGAUUUCGGGGUACAACAGGUCCAAGCAAUUUGGAGAGUCGAGGAAACUCUUUUGUGCAAUGGAAGAGAAGCGAUUGCAGCCUACCUCGGUAACUCUUGUCUCAGUGAUAUCAGCUCUCUCGCAGCUUAAGGAUUUAGAUACUGGCAACCAAGUUCAUCAAUACAUUAAGGACUGUAAGGUACAGUCUAAUUUGGUGUUGGACAAUGCUUUAGUUGACCUGUAUGCAGGUUCUGGAAAGAUGGAUGUUGCACUUGGCCUAUUUAAGAGCAUGAAGCAUAAAGAUGUUAUAUCAUGGACCACCAUUGUCAAAGGUUUUGUUAACAUUGGACAAGUUGAUAUGGCUCGGAAAUAUUUUGAUCAGAUGCCAGAGAGGGAUAAUAUUUCUUGGACAGCAAUGAUUGAUGGAUAUGUCAAAGAAAACCGAUUUAAAGAUGUUUUGAUGCUCUUCCGUGAAAUGCAAGCAGCAAAGAUACGGCCAGAUGAGUUUACAAUGGUUAGCAUCCUUACCACCUGUGCACAUCUUGGGGCUCUUGAACUUGGAGAGUGGAUCAAGGCUUACAUUGACAAGCACGAGAUUAAGCUUGACAUACAUCUGGGUAAUGCUGUCAUAGACAUGUACUUUAAGUGUGGGAAUGUGGAGAAGGCAUUGAUGAUGUUUUCUCAAAUGCCUUGUAGGGACAAAUUCACGUGGACAGCCAUGAUUAUUGGUCUUGCAACUAAUGGACACGAGAGAGAAGCUCUAGAUAUGUUUUUUGAGAUGCUGAGAGCUUCAGAAACACCGGAUGAUGUGACUUACAUUGGUGUUUUUAGUGCUUGUACUCAUAUGGGUAUGGUAGACGAAGGAAAAAGCUUCUUUGCUAGCAUGGCUCCUCAGCACGGCAUUCAACCUAAUGUUAUACAUUACGGCUGUAUGGUUGAUCUUCUUGGUCGAGCAGGGCUCUUAGAGGAAGCUUAUGAGGUUAUAAAGAAUAUGCCAGUGAAACCAAAUUCAAUUGUUUGGGGAGCUCUUCUUGGUGCUUGCAGAAUUCACAAGGAUGUUCAAAUGGCUGAAAUUGCAGCUCAACAACUUCUUCAGCUAGAGCCUGGAAAUGGGGCUGUCUAUGUUCUCUUAUGUAAUAUAUAUGCAGCUUGCAAAAAAUGGGAUAACUUGCGCGAAACAAGAAGAAUAAUGACAGAUUGUGGAAUCAAGAAGACACCAGGUUGUAGUCUGAUAGAGAUGCAUGGAAUCGUUCAUGAAUUCGUUGCAGGGGAUCAGUCUCAUCCUCAAUCUAAAAGCAUAUAUUCAAAGUUGGCUGAGUUGAUUGAAGAACUAAAAUUUUCUGGCUAUGUUCCUGAUACUUCAGAGGUUUCUCUUGACAUAGGAGAAGAGGAGAAAGAGACCUCCCUUAAUCGACACAGUGAGAAGUUGGCGAUUGCAUUUGCUUUAAUCAAUUCUGAAACUGGAUCUACUAUUAGGAUAGUGAAAAACCUUAGAAUAUGUGCAGAUUGCCACCAUGUAGCAAAGUUAAUAUCAAAACUUUACAAUAGAAAAUUAAUUAUUAGAGACAGGACCAGGUUCCACCAUUUUGUACAAGGUGCAUGCUCUUGUAAAGAUUAUUGGUGAUCCUCUGUCAUUUUUGUUUUACGUUUUUCAUAAUUGUUUAUUCUUCCCAAGGAAUCGCCUUAUCCUCAAGUAUCAAGUCUGUUAUAUUCUCCGGUGAUAUUCAUCUUUCAACUCUUCCACUCUCCGGUCCCCAAAAUCUCGGUAAAAUCACUAUCAUCAAAGGCAAUUCAAUGUGUGAAGAAAGAGAUAGGAGGAACCACCGCCCCUCAAGUUAACUCCAAGCAAGGGCUAAGGGGUCUGUGUUUACAAGCCUAAAUCCUAUGAAGAUGACAAUACCAGAGUCGAAAUUGACUUCCCAUUGAUGGUAUAACUAUUGAGUCAUCGGAUGAUGUUCCUGAUGGUCCUGUUACCAAAUUCUUCAGAUCUAUGAGACUAAGGAAGGACUAUUGAGAGUACUAGGACUUGUGGAGGAGAAAGGAAGUUCACUUGAAUUUCUCAGAAGAGGCUACAAGACUGCAACUUGGUGGGAAGUAGCUGUUGAUUUAGAAGCAUCUUCUGCAUGGCGUAGUUGAACAGAAGAACUGCAUUACAAGAAAAAGCUAGUUACAACAAGAGGAGGGUGGCGAUAGAAGCUUACAAUUCAAUACCCUCGUGGUGGAGAGAUUAGGUACUGGAUUGCCCAACUCGUUGAAUCAACAGGUUCUUUAAUAAAAUGCUUACCCCAGUCUUUAAAGAGAAAAAAAUCAUAGUUUGGAACAUGUUUUUAACUUCCUAUCAGCAUGUUUUUUCAUUCAUUAUUUAUAAUUUUGUGACUGGCUAAAAUGAAGGUUGUGUUGACAAGUUACUUAAGGCUCUUAGUGGAGCUUUUCUGUAUAAGUUGUGAUGUUUUCCUGUAAUCUAAAUGAUGCUAAAUAAACAAUAAACUUGACGUUCAAGUUGUC